AUGCCACCCCUCUCAGGAGUCACCAACAACAGGCAUAACUCGCACGUCACUAUUCACUCAGCCGCGCACUCCCUCCCGCUAGACCUCUCACGCCAAGUCCCCCGCGACUACUACAACAACAACAAUAACAACGAUCCAAACCGGAACAACAACCACCCCAGCAGCGGCGCCAUCGCCGGGAUCGUGAUCAGCGGUGGGUCGCCGGAGGCCGAGACCGAUGUACUACGAGCAGGAGGCGAGGUACGGAGGGAGGAGGAGGUCCCGCUCGCGCUCGCGUGCGCGACGGUCAUGCUAUCGCUCCCGGCCGAGCUCGUAUUCUCGCUGCGAUCGGACGGUGUUCGUCGAGGAUGUGGCGCGGCCGGCGCCGGUUGA